AUGGCACCUCCAGCCCCUUCCACCCGUCAUCCACACAACGCGAUAAUCCUAGCCACCUUCGCGGUUCUUGCAUCUGCUGGAGCAUGGUUCAUGCGUAUCUCGCCCAUCCUGAACGAUGUCCCUGUUGGCUUCGCAGAUAUUUCCGAAACAGGCACGUUUCCCAAUGGCAUGCCCGUUAAGCAGCAUUUCACUGGGGUAAAGCCCCUCGACGAUGGCUUAUCGUUUCUCGUCGCUGCGUUCAUCUAUGGUCCAACUGGUUGGAACGAAGCGCUGUAUUGGCAGCAACUCCACUUCCUGUGCCAGAUAGCGGGUAUGAUUGCCAUUAUGAAUGUCGAGGCUUGUCGAGAGCGCAAUCAGAGCAGUUGGCUGAAGUACACGGCUCUGUAUGCGUUUCUGUACCAGAACAUCGGUGCUUGUGUGAUUGUUCCCAUUUGGUGGAUCCUUUUCCACCGACUAUCCGCUACAAAAUCAUACUUUUCCCAGGGUCGGGCGGUGCCUUUGCCAUAUGCACGCCUCAUCCUACCAGCCACAAUCAUACUCUACGUCCUCCCCACAAUCGCAAUGUUCAUGCCAGGAAACGACCUAAACACUGUUCAAAACAUCCUUGCUUUCUGGCAAGUUUCCCCAAUCCUUGUCAAUAUCCCGCUCUGGCUUGCCGCGCCCUUCGUCUCGUCUCCGACCUCCACAUCAACCACAUCAAAGGCAAAAACUGCCGAUCUCGCCCAUCUUAAAGCAAUCUACGGUUUCUUCUUCGUCACAAGCGUAGCAGUACAUUGGUACACCAUCUACGGCGUCUCGGUUUCUGAAAACCCCAGCGUGACAUAUGCCUCCGUGUGGGUGCCCAGUACCUACAAGUGGAAAAACGAUCUAUCCGCGGGCAUACUGUACCUCUUCCAAUGCGACUGGAUUGUUACAGGAUUGGUACAUAUGAUACCCGCUUUCAUCGCUGUGUGCGAUGUACAGCGAUUGCUCCAUGGCACAGUCACUGGCGAACAGGUUAUCGAAGCUGGAAUGGCGGCGUUGUCGUUGACGUGGCUUGCGGGACCGGGUGCGGCGCUCGCUGCUGUUUGGUAUUGGAGGGAGGGGAAGCUGGCGCUGAUUGAAGCGAAGAUGAGUGCUGGAGCUGUGAAGAAGGGCUUGUGA